GGCAGCUCAUUUCUUGCAGAGACUUCGUGCCGUAAAGAUCGAGCUAAAAAGAAAAGAAACCCAACCGAAAAAGAAAGCCAAUCGAUAACCGAAAUAAAUACAACUGCGUGCUUAACAAAUUUUUUUUACUGUGCAAAGUGCAGUUCCUUUCUUGCAAAAUACAACCAAGAAAUACAAUAUCUACCGGUACGCGCAAGUGCGGCAAAGUGCAAGUGCAAGAGACGCUGAAAGAGCGAUUCGCAAAGAAAGAGAGUCCAAACACAAAGAUAUUUAACAAAAAAAAAAACGGGAAAGAAAGUUCCACAGCUUUUAUCAACAAGAUGACGACCAAAAUGGCAAUUAACGCUAAGGAUAUUUUCCGCAACCAGCACCGCCUGAUUCGCUUCAUCGCCCAGUCAAUCCGGCUGUGCAGCAACCAAUCCCUAAAGGCGGCCCAGGCUGCCCAGUUGCAGCAGCAACAGAAGUCGUCGGCGGACUUCCAGAUCACCGCCUCGGUGGAUGCCCAAUACACCAGUGCCCCAGAACCUAUCAAGCAUGACAAGAAUCUGGGUCACCAAUUCCGCGCCUCCCAGCUCUCCGUUCGACUGGCCGCCCCGGAGCAACUGCAGCCCAAGCCGGACAACGACGAGGAGCUAGGCUUCGGACGCCUCUUCACCGACCACAUGCUCAAAAUCUAUUACCACAAGAGCCUGGGCGGUUGGCAGAGGCCGGAGAUCACGCCGCUGGAGAACCUAGUCAUGCAUCCGGCCGCCAAGGUCCUGCACUACGCCGUUGAGCUCUUUGAGGGCAUGAAGGCGUACCGGGGCGUCGACGGCAAGAUCCGCAUCUUCCGGCCGGACAUGAACAUGAACCGCAUGAACCUGGCUGCCCAGCGAUCCGGCUUGCCCACCUUCGAGGGCAAGGAGUUCGUCCAGUGCCUGUCCCGCCUGCUGACCAUCGACUCCGAGUGGGUUCCCCACACCAACACCGCCAGCUUGUACAUCCGCCCCACACUCAUUGGCAUUGAUCCCACGCUGGGAGUGGCUUCCUCGGACUCGGCCCUGCUCUACACGAUCCUCAGUCCGGUGGGCAGCUACUUCAAGACGGGCUCCAACGGAGCCGUUUCCCUCCUGGCCGAUCCCAGCCAUGUGCGUGCCUGGCCAGGCGGCGUUGGCAACCGGAAGAUGGGCUCCAACUAUGCACCCACCAUCAAUGUCCAGAAGGAAGCGGCGGCCAAGGGACUGCAGCAGGUUCUGUGGCUCUACGGCGAGGAUCACCAGCUAACCGAAGUGGGCACCAUGAACAUCUUCAUGUUCUACGUGAACGAUCAAGGAGAACAAGAACUGGUGACCCCGCCGCUGAGUGGCCUGAUUCUGCCCGGAAUCACCCGCGACUCCAUCCUGCACAUGACCCGUCAGUGGGGCAAGUUCAAGGUGAGCGAGGCGAAGAUCACCAUGCCCAUGGUCUGCGACCUCCUCAACCAGGGAAGACUACUGGAGCUCUUCGGUGCGGGAACGGCGUGUGUGGUCAGUCCGGUGAACAGGAUCAACUACCUCGGCCAGGAUCUGUACAUACCCACCAUGGAGCAGGAGAAGCCCAUUCACGAGCUGAUCCGCGAGACGCUCACCGACAUCCAGUACGGUCGGGUGGACCACCCGUGGUCGGUGGUGAUCGACUAAUCGACCCACCCCACAUCUGUUAUCCCUUCCUUAUCCCCUUCCCCGUACCGUGUAUUAGUAGGACUUAGUUGACAAGUGCUUUGUGGGUUGCCAAUGUGCUCGAAUUUGUUUCGUUUAUUGUGCAUUUAGCUAUAUGCAUGCAUAUACCAAUAUACAUAUAUAUAUAAUAUAGUAUGAUAAGUCGAGGGCCGAUUCGUUUAAGUUGCAUUUAAUUGUAUAUUUAUUUAUUUAUGUCAGAAAUUCAAAUUGUACAUAAUUCCAACUGGUUCAAUGUUAUUUAUAGUUUUCUUACUUUUUUUUUUAUAUUUUUAACUUUUUCUAUGUAUAUGUUUCUUGAAGCUAUGAAUCGUCUUUUUGCGCUUUUACUUCCAAGCAGCAUCGUAAGCGAAGCAAAAUUACCAACUACAAAUUUUAGAUUAGAAAAAAAAGGAGAUCGAGUGGAGAAGAAUUCCCCAAAGGUGGGCGGAAUUAGUUGAAAACGUACCGGAGGCGAAAUGCAUUUAUUAGUCAGUAAGUGAUCGAAAUCGAAGCGUUCUUGGAGGUAAAAGCGGCACGAGAGCAGUGAGAGCUGUGACUAAAGCUAAUCUGAACCUGAACCCGUCAGUAGAACCUAGGCCUAGGCUGUAGAUCCUAAACCGAAUCAAGCUGUAUACCAUACCUGUAAUCUAGAAAUUAAGCGAAUCAUGCGAUGAAUAAACGAUGAAAAGUAACGAAAAUA